UGCGACAAAAGAAAACAAAAGGGUCGCCCAUGAUGAGCCGGAUGGAAUCGUCGAGCGCUUUCCGAGUUCAGGGAGGCGAAGCCGCGAAGGAAACAGGGGGCCAAUAAGGGGUCGGGAGACACGGAAACGUGCGCACAAUUAAUAAGAAAUCUAUCCCCCCUGCUGCCGACUGCAGUGUGCCGACGAGCUCCGAGCAAGCGAGUGCGAGAGAGAGAAUAUGCAGCAGGAUCAGACGACGAGCUCGCUGCCCUCCAGCAGCGAGCGCUCCUCGAGCUCGGCGCCGCAGACGGAGGAGGCCAGAGAAGGGAUGGAGAGCGACGAGGAGAUCGGGCGGGUGCCGGAGGUCGGGCUGGAGCUGGCCGGCCCGUCGACGUCCGGCAGGGAGACCGCCGACCCCGCCGCGGGCGCCGCGGCCGGGACGUCGUCCGCGGCCCAGGCGGCCAGCGCCGCCGCCCGCCGCCGCGGCCGCAGCCCGGCCGACAAGGAGCACCGCCGCCUCAAGAGGUUGCUUCGGAACCGGGUGUCGGCGCAGCAGGCGCGGGAGAGGAAGAAGGCGUACCUGAGCGAGCUGGAGGUGAGGGUGAAGGACCUGGAGAAGCGGAGCUCGGAGCUGGAGGAGAGGCUCUCCACGCUGCAGAACGAGAACCAGAUGCUCAGACAGAUCCUGAAGAACACCACCGUCAACAGAAGAGGGCCGGGUGGCGGUAGCAGCGCCGGCGGAGACAGCCAAUAGCUGGCCUCUGCAUGCAAGACCGGAGGAACUGGUCCCUUGUUUAGGUGAAAAAUCUUCGGUCCCUGCUGCAUCUGCAAGUGUUCAGCACUUCAGCCGGCUCUGGAACAGAUCCUCUAGGUGUAUGUAACAAUGUCGCCUUGCCAACAUGCAGUUCAUUCCGUCCGUCGACAUGUAGACAGCACGUAAGAGACGGCAUGGACGCAGUGCUGUUGCAAAUGUAAUUAGGUUUGUUUUAGAAGCGGUGCCUGAUUUGUUGAUUCCUGUCUCGUCUGUAAAAACCAUGAGAAUUUGUGUUCAUACCCGUGAUCAGAUUCUUAAGGGUUCCAA